GGCGCAUGGUGAUUCAUGAGGAAGGAGCACGACUCGACCGGCGUCACCAGCAAGGCCCAGCUAACUUGCCACCACAGACCUGCGAGAUUUUACCUUAGCCAGUCGCAUUCUGCAAGUUCAACGGUGAAGCGCUCUCCGACGGCUUUAAUUAUGAACUCACAGAACUUAAUUGUGGUGCUAAUAAGCACAUUGGUCGCUGUAUCAUCCUCACCGAUAGUCACUCCAAAUCGUGACUCCAGGUUCCUAUUCCGCAACUCGCUGAUUCCUCAUUUUCAUCACUGGCAACAACAGCAACAGCAGCAACAACAAUUCCACUAUAGAACGCCUUCGUUCCCUGAUCCCGAGCCGGUUGGGCCUGCACCGUUCGACGACUACCCCGUCGAGUCGUGGCACCAGGCCGAUCCGGAGCCGGAACCCGAGCCGGCGUUCACCCGCUACGCGGCGCCUCUGCCGCAUCAUGAGCCCCCCCGGCCGUUCGUCACCACCUACUCGGCGUUCAGCAGCAACGUGCUGACCCCCAGCGACCAGCUGCAGCCACCGAGGGCGCAGCAGCAGCAGCCCCUGCGCAUUUUCUUCCUGUUCAGCCGCUUCCCGUGGCCGUUGGAGUCGGUGGUGCAGCGGGUGCAGAACUACUACUCCACCUACACAGUGCCCCAAGUGGAGCCCCUUCUGGACGAGGAAGUCGACCUGGGGCCCGACCCGGUGGUCGUCGAGGAGGUCGACGAGCACGAGAGCAUAUUGUCCCUGGGCAACGCAACCACGACAUUGGCACCCGCUAAAGAUGACACCACCAACACGACGACCGCCACGCGGAUUUCGGUGACGGAAAAACCGGAGGAAGGCGCCGGCGAUUUGAAAAAUGAGCAGACGCCGGACUCGACCGAGAGUGAGCAAGAGCAGGUCACAGAAGCCGGCGCAACCACUCAGAGUCCAAACGUAACGGACGAUUCGACGAUCAGCGACGAGGAGCCGACGACACUUACAUCUACCGAGCAAGUCAAGGACGAGGCUACUACAAUGCCGGUGCCGGUUGAUGGCGGUAAAAAUGAGAAAAACGUUUCCGCAACAACCACGAGCGAAUUGCCACCUCUUGACUACGAUGGAGAGAUUAUUCUAGCUUAAUUGGCGCGCUCUUCCGAGUUACCGAUGCAUGCGCGCUGCAUAAUGACUGCACACGUCUACGAUGAGGACGAGUUGCUGUAUAAUGUUCCACGACAUGAAAGUGUAAAUAAAAAAACAAACACUGCAGGAAUAAAUGCUAACACUUUUCA